ACAUGACAACAGAAAAGCCUUGCUGCGCUCCGCGCUUUUGGGCUGUUCUCAACCCCGAUCACUUGAAACUCAAAUAAGCAGCCCUUUCAGAGGAGAAAAAAAGGAUCGCACACAGUAUCCUGUCAGCGGGGCAUUCAAAGGGAAUAACAAGAGACUUUUAUACCUCACUCACACACACCCUUGCCUUGCCUGCGCGCUGGUGCAUCGUAGAUGUUAGAAAGUGCUGGUGUCCAACUACAGUCAAAGUGAAUAUGCUUCUGCACGCUUUGAUACGCGCAAGCAUUGGAUUUGUAGGUCUCUGCUUGGUCGCCUUUGUUCAACAGUCAGCUUCAGGAAGUAAACCCGCUCAAGAUGUGGACGAAUGUGCAGAGAGGCUUGACAACUGCAGCAUCGACGCCAUCUGUCACAACACCCCAAAGUCAUACAAAUGUAUCUGCAAGUCGGGCUAUAAAGGAGAUGGCAAACAUUGUGAAGAUGUUGAUGAGUGUGCAACUGAAUACAACGGCGGCUGUGUCCACGAGUGCAUCAACAUCCCGGGAAAUUACAGAUGUACAUGUUAUGACGGGUUCCGCUUGGCACACGAUGGACACAAUUGUCUUGAUGUGGACGAGUGCUCGGAAGGCAAUGGUGGAUGCCAGCAGAUUUGUGUCAACAUGAUGGGCAGCUAUGAGUGCCGCUGCAGAGAGGGGUUCCUGCUGAGUGACAACCAGCAUACCUGCAUCCAGAGGCCUAAAGUGCAGCCGGAUGGCACGAAGGAGGGGCCCACCUGCAUGGACAAGAACCACGGCUGUGCGCACAUCUGCAGGGAGGCGCAGAAGGGUGGCAUCUCCUGCGAGUGCCGGCCCGGAUUCCAGCUGACCCGGAACAUGAAGGACUGCAAAUUGACGUGCAACUAUGGUAACGGGGGUUGUCAGCACAUCUGCGAGGAGACAGAUCACGGUCCCAAAUGUUCCUGCCACAUGAAGUUUGUCUUGCACAGCGAUGGAAAGACUUGUGUAGGGGAGAGGAGUGUCCAGUCCCAGGCAACCCCACAGCUGUUCCCUAAUGAGACGUGCGCGGUGAACAAUGGCGGCUGUGACAGCACGUGUCACGACUCGGUGACAGGAGUCCGCUGCAGCUGUCCUGUUGGCUUCACUCUGCAGCCGGACCGAAAAACCUGCAAAGACAUUGACGAGUGCCGUCUGAACAACGGGGGGUGUGACCAUGUGUGUCGAAACACGGUGGGAAGUUUCGAGUGCAGCUGCAAGAAGGGCUACAAGCUACUUACCAAUGAGAGGACUUGUCAAGAUAUUGACGAAUGCUCGUUUGACCGCGCCUGCGACCACUUCUGUGUCAACUCUGCCGGCAGCUUCCAGUGUCUGUGUCAUCGAGGCUACGUCCUCUACGGGGUAGCUCAUUGUGGAGAUAUUGAUGAGUGCAGUAUAAAUCGUGGAGGCUGUAAAUAUGGCUGCAUCAACUCUCUGGGGAGCUACGAGUGUACCUGUCCACCAGGAUACAAGCUGCACUGGAACAGGAAAGACUGUACUGAACUUGUAAAAUGUCCUCCUGGACUGGUAGCGCCCAAGGCCACCCUGACCUGCAGCAAGACGGGCAAGAAGGAGAGCUGCUCUCUGACCUGUGCGUCCAAGGCUCACUAUCUGGCAGAGUCCGAUAACAGCUAUUCAGUUAGUUGCGGCAUCCCCGUCCUCAGAGGGAAGUCCAACGCUCGGCUGAACAGCAGCAAUCAGGGCUGCAUAGAGACUUUGGCGCCUCCAGUGAAGCAGACGACUUCUUUCAAGAUUAAAAACGCCAAAUGCCACCUUCACCCUAGGUUGACUGGCAGGACGGAGGACAGGGGGCGGACGCUCGGACCGGGGGGAGGCCAGCCUUGCAGCAACUGUCUGGUAACGUUUGUUAAUCUCAAAUGCGACUCCUCCAAGAAAGCUAAAGGGCGACGUGCUCGCAACCCGUCCAACAAGGAAGUAACACGCAUUACUCUGGAGCUGGAAGCUGAGGUCAAACCUGGAGACACCACAGGGAGCUGCAACCUCAGCUGCUUGCGGCAGCGCAUGGAGAAGCAGGUGAAGACAUACAUCAAGGCUCUGAAGAAGUCCAUUAACCAGGAGCGCUUCCUGAUCCGGUUCGCCGGCCUGGAGUACGAGGUGGCCCAGAAACUUCCCCAAGCCGCUCAGAUCCAUGAGAAUUGUGCCCCAGGCUCAGAGAGGGACAGCGGCCGAUGUGUAAGAUGUGUGCCGGGGUCGUACUACAACUACCACGGAGAGCAGGGCCGCUGCGUCCAGUGUCCACCGGGGACUUUCCAGGAGAAGGAGGGACAGCUGGCCUGUGACCUCUGCCCCGGGAGUGAUGGCCACGGGCCCGCCGGAGCACGGAACAUCUCCUCCUGCGCAGGUCAGUGUCCAACAGGAUACUUUUCCAACGACGGGUUCAAACCGUGUCAGCCGUGCCCUCUGGGCUCCUAUCAGCCGGACCUGGGGCGGACCCUGUGUUUCCCCUGCGGGGGGGGGCUCGGCACCAAGCGGGAAGGCGCCAGCUCCUUCCACGACUGUGAAGUCAAAGUUCAAUGUUCUCCGGGUCACUACUAUAACACCACGGUCCAUCGGUGCAUCCGCUGCCCGGUGGGGACCUACCAGACGGAGUUCAGACAGAACUACUGCAUCUCCUGCCCAGGAAACACCACCACGGAUUUUGACGGGGCCACAAGUGUCUCACAAUGCAAAAACAGGCAAUGCGGCGGCGAGAUGGGUGAGUUCAUGGGUUACAUCGAGUCACCUAACUACCCUGGUAAUUACCCGGCCAACGUGGAGUGUAUCUGGAACAUCAACCCGCCCAGCAAGCGCAAGAUCCUGAUUGUGGUGCCGGAGAUUUUCCUGCCCUCGGAGGACGAGUGUGGAGAUGUGCUGGUUAUGAGGAAGAACUGGUCGGCUACGUCUAUCACCACCUAUGAGACUUGUCAGACGUAUGAGCGGCCCAUCGCCUUCACAGCUCGCUCCAGACGUCUGUGGAUCAACUUCAAGUCCAAUGAAGCCAACAGCGCCAGAGGCUUCCAAAUCCCUUAUGUUACUUACGAUGAGGACUAUGAGCAGCUCGUGGAGGACAUAGUGCGAGAUGGAAGGCUCUACGCCUCAGAAAACCAUCAAGAAAUCCUUAAGGAUAAAAAACUGAUUAAGACUCUUUUUGACGUGCUGGCUCACCCAAACCACUACUUCAAGUACACCACUCGGGAGUCCAACGAGAUGCUUCCCCGCUCCUUCAUACGUCUCAUAAGCAGCAAAGUGUCUGCUUUCCUGCGGCCAUACAAGUAAAAGUCACGCAGCUGCUGAUGCGCCGGGCAACCCCCCCGUCCCCACUCCCACCCCGUCCCUAGACCAGACACCCUCCUCCUCCACCUUAAAGGCCUCAUCCCGCAACCCCACAAAGGACUUUUGAACACAAAACCUACUAGUGCGUUUACCCCUCUUAUUUUAUUUUAUUUUAUUUUUUUGAAAUAGGCUUUUACAAUAAACACGACAUAAAUCCAAGAUAUUUCAAACGCCAUUGUUUUUUCUGGGGUUAAUUUUUUUUUUUUUUUUUUUUUUACGUUUGUCAGUUUGCGUUCAACACAGGUCUGCACUUCCGAGCUCAAGCGUUCAGCAGGGGGGGGGGGGGGUGUAUGUCAGUAGGUUUGGUUUCUGUUGUGAUGUGCAAUGAAACCACAAAAAGAAAAAAGAAAAAAAAAGAAAAAGCCUUUUUCAGACAGUAGGAGUGACGUUUUGUUUAUGCGGUUUGAGCCUGAUAGAGCUUGUUAUUGUAUUUACUUCAGUGAGCUGUGCGAAAUUCCGGCUCCGGUUCUUACCAUUAAGUGUGACUGUAAGUGUUGUGCAAGUUGUAGUGUGUAACUGUGGUCCCAUCUCCCGUGUCUGUGAGCCGUCCUCGAGGAGGAGCAGUUGCUAAACUUCACACUGCAGCUGCGUUCCAGGUCCUUCAAAGCCCCAUUUUUUUUUAAUUUUUUUUUUUAUUUGCGCUCUUAGAGCAGUUUCCAACUGUUAAAACAGUGAAUCUGUGUGUUCCUCUGUCUGUUUAGACUGUACCAGUGUUUCUCAACCCUCACAUCACUUCCUCCGCUCUUUUUUUGGUUGUUUUUUUUUUUUUUUUCAAGCCAGCUCAAAGCAAACACAAAAAACAUUUGGUUUAUUAUUCCAGGAACCGAGUGGACAUUUUAGAGAUACAACUCAAGAGUCACAAAAUGAGACGGUGUGAUGUAUUAGUGGAGCAUGUCUCAAAGAGUGAGACAAGUGUCUUUUAGGGACAUUAUGUUUGCUGCUUCUUUUAAAAGGUCACUUUAAUUCUUCAUCCUCGUUGACUUUCUGAUAUACUUCACAUGCUAUUCAUCUGCUGAAUCAAAGAAAAGGGAAACGCUUCCGCUCGUACGCCCGGUAACUCGCUAACUUCUCCUCGCCCCGUCUGUGGACUACCAGUUUUGUUGUGUUUUGUUUCAGUCUUGUAAAUAAUGAAAGUAAAUUAGACGAAGGUGGAAUUCUUUAAUCCUGAUUUGCUUAUGCGGGACUCCCCACCGAAAAUCACUUUCUGCCCCCGAUGUCCCACCGGUUUCCAACCCAAAGACCCCAGACACCACCCACUCGCAUGUGUCGUGUCCCAGCGUGGACAGCUCGUCCAAAGGCUGCUCCAAAGAGAGCAGGUCAAGUAGUUUUGUGCAUUAAUAACCUGCUAUCCCUCCUUUUUUUUUUUUUUUUUUUUUUUUGUACAAAGUGCAAUGAAUGAAACUGGCAUGCAUUAACUUCAGUUACGCCCUGUUGUGACCUGCAAAUGAAAAGAAAAGAAAAAAAAAACACAUGCAAAAUGUGUUUUGAGCUGCGGUCUUGUCGAGACUCAUAAUAUUAAAUGUUAAUCUCUCACAACGUGCAGGAGAUUUUAAGGCUUCAGCGUGUUGCUGGUGUUGAGAAAAUGAAAAGAAAAAAAAAAGUAGAAAAAAAAUGAACAUUUGCUGUAUAAAAUGACAAUAAGGGUAAAUAUAACUGAACUUUAGUGAGAAUCUAACGUUUGCUCUAUAAUAGCAUCCGUCAGGUGAAGAGAGAUUUUGCAGUAAUCCAGGAAGUUUGCCGACAUUUUGGGAGUGUAAACUUAGUUUAAGAGCUUAAUCUGCCUAUUGCAUCUACGAAAGCUUACUAGUUUACAUCUACCAGUUAGUGUAGGAAUGACAAGUUCUGCCUUCAGUUCAGGUCAGACUAUUUCCUGAGUUGAAGCUGAGGCUUCCUGCAAUCCUCACACUGACCACAGGAACAAGAAAUGGAACAAGUUUAUUUCCCAGAAAGUCUGAGACUUGACGCAGAUGACUCGGUGGGAAAAGCAGUGUAAACAGAAGCUUUCCCUCUCCAAUCUGAGGAUGUUUUAUCCCCACUCAUGUAAAUAAAGAUAAAUGGGGUUGGGUAUUUUAUGUUAGAGACCAUAGAGAUUUUGUGGACAGCAGUUCAUAUCAGUUUAAAAUUCCUCUUCCCCGAGACAAAUGUGUGACUUUAAUCAGAAAUGACGUGCAGGUGCACUAAAUAGCCUCCCAGUGCACUCUCAGCCCACAGGUCCUCACUCCCCAUCACACCCUCCUCCUUCCACCAGAACCCGCUUCUUUCCUGCAACCUUUUGUUUUGUUUUUUUUUCUUUUUAAAUUGUUGCCUUUUAAACAAGAGUUUGCUAUGAUGUAUCGGAGUUCAUAAUGAUAUUUGCACUUGAAUUGUUAAUGCUCAUGUAAAGAAAUGUCUGGAUUUUGUAAUGUCUUUUUAAAUGAAUGGAAUUGAUGUUCUUAUUUUCUCGUAGCUUGUUUGUUGAUGAGACGCUCACUCACUGUUUAGUCUAUAGAGAUGGUACACAUUAUCAACUGUCAAAAAAAAGGAAAAAAAAGGGAAAAACCAAUGUAAAGAGGUGAAUGAAACAAGUUUGUUCUUGUUACUGCUCAAAACACUUAUCAAAAAUAAACAUACUGUACUUCAGCUUCAUUUUAAA